CGCAUUCAAGUUUUGUUUCACCCGCAAUCAGUCAGUUGGAGAAGUUGGUGAAGAUGCCGCGCUUGCGAAAUUAUUCAAAACCUAUAAUUUUAGUCAUCAUCAAUUGUUUGAUAUUGGUCGACGCCUGCCAUAUCAGUCAAGAGUGUUACACACCGCAAAACUAUAAGGGAUAUUAUUACACGCCUGAGGAGUUUCUAACCCUUACUGACAGUCAGAAGUCCAAUUGCGGGGGUAAUUGUGUUGAUAAUAACGUCACGCUGGUUUGUUGUACUUUCAAUAGUCGACCACAAAAAUACCGCUUACUCUAUCAAUCCUGCUUAGACGCUCAUUUACCGUAUGGAUUUAUUACAUUUGGCGAAGUGGCCAAGCCAAAUGAAUUUCCAUUUAUGGCUGCUUUGGGCUGGCGUUUCACCAAAGAUAAUAGUACAGAGAGCAUAGCUUAUAGGUGUGGUGGAACUUUGAUCAGCAGCAGAUAUCUACUAACAGCGGCACACUGCUUCUAUCAUUCCAGUGAUCUGCCAGUUGUGGUGCGUCCAGGUGGUUUCGACCUAAAUAGCAACACAGCGACUGAUUAUGAUAUCGACCAGAUUAUUGAACAUCCCAACUACAUAUAUCCUGGUCUAUACAAUGACAUAGCAAUCGUUCGUAUGGCGAAAGCCUAUAAUAGCUACACGCCGAUUGUUGCUAGAGCUUGCGUGUCGUACAGCAAACUGGCCGAGCAGGAAGUCACUGCCAUAGGCUAUGGCAAUACGCAGUUUGCCGGAACCUCUUCGCCACUGCUAUUAAAAACUAGUUUAUCAAUCAUAUCCAAUGAGGAGUGUAAUCAACAUUAUGAGCAGGAUGAUGAAGUGCUCAGCUCAGGUGUAAUCUCUACACAAUUAUGCGCAAAAGAUUAUGAAAAGCUGCGUGAUACUUGUCAGGGAGAUUCUGGCGGUCCUUUGAUCGUGUAUGAAGAAAUCGAAGGUUACACUCGUAUGGCUUAUAUUGUGGGUAUUACGUCGUUUGGCAUUGGAUGCGGCACCGGUUCCCCAGGCAUUUACACACGUAUUUCUGAUUAUUUUGAUUGGAUUGAGGAAACGAUUUUUAAAUAAACAAACAUUUAUGGAGAAAUAUA